UAAAAUCAUCUAGCCACUAUAUAAACAUCCUUACCUCAACACUUGUUCUAUAAAAGAAAUACACCCCACAAAAUAUCAAUUUUUUUCCAAAACAAUGUCUUCAUCAAAACGGAUCGUUUGGUUCCCUAUCUUGAUCGUAGCCAUACAAAUUCUCUCUAUACAUACCGUUUUGUCCCAAAGCCAGAACAAUGCGUUUCUCUUCCACAAGUGCUCAGACAUUGAAGGAAGCUUCACUUCGAAAAGUCCCUACGAGUCAAAUCUUAACAAUCUCUUUCCUCAGCUCUCUUACAAAGUUCCAUCCACCGGUUUUGCCACCUCUUCCGCUGGUAUCACUCCAGACAACGUUAACGGUUUGGCCCUUUGCCGCGGUGAUGCCUCUUCCUCUGACUGCAGCUCCUGUCUUGCCACCGCCAUCCCUGAGAUACGUCAGAGAUGUCCGAGCAACAAGGCAGGAAUAAUAUGGUAUGACAACUGUCUUGUCAAGUAUUCCUCCACCAAUUUCUUCGGGAAGAUCGAUUUCGAGAACAGGUUCUAUUUGUACAACGUCAACAAUGUGAGCGAUCCAUCGACGUUCAACACGCAGACGAAAGCUCUUCUAACCAAGCUGACAAAGAAAGCGACUACUGGAGAUAACCAGAAGCUGUUUGCGACAGGAGAGAAGAAUAUCGGGAUGAAGAAAUUGUACGGACUAGUGCAGUGUACGAGGGACUUGAAGAGUGAGGCUUGUAAGGCAUGUUUAAAUGGAAUUAUUGGGGAGCUUCCUAACUGUUGCGACGGUAAAGAAGGAGGGAGAGUUGUGGGUGGGAGCUGUAACUUUAGGUAUGAGAUUUACCCUUUUGUUAACGCUGCUUGAUUAGAGUCAUUGUAAUAUGUAUAGAAAUGUAUUGUAUGGACUGUUUGUAUAAGGUGUUGAGCCAAUAAAAUGUAAUCUUCUCUUUAUAGGUUGUUUGGUACGAUAGACAUUUAAGAGGCUUGUUUGCCUCCUAUAAAUAAAACAUUCCGUUUGCCAAUAUA